AUGUGCCAAGUGCCCGAUCUCCAGACGUUGUUUGGACUUCCAGCACACGACGAAUGUUCCAACAACCCAUGUGGCAACCAUACGUGUGUGAAUAAACUGCACGCCUUUGAAUGCAAAUGCAGCCAAGGAUACAGUGGGACGCAAUGUGAGGUUGCUCCAGAUUACUGUGCCUCAAAUGAAUGUCAAAAUGGAGCAACGUGCACGAACGGUCAAGGCAAAUACACGUGCCAAUGUACUUAUGGAUUUUCUGGAGAAUUGUGUAACAUCAAAGCAAUUAAUGGACAGUGGUCGGACUGGGGUGUUUGGAGCGAGUGUUCGAAGACGUGCGGUGGCGGUAGCAAAACACGCCGGCGUUCCUGCACGAACCCCCCUCCUGACCUGGAGGGGAACGCUUGCUCCGGAAAUGACACUGAGUCCGAGAAAUGCGCCAACAAUGUUUGCCCAAAAUGCAGAUCAUUAUACCAGACUAUCGGGUCAUCUUUAAACUGUACUGAAAAGGACGGACUUCACACGUGUGUUUUCCUAUGUCAACCAGGACAUUUCUUUGCUACUUCUCCACUGAAAUCGUACGAGUGCGGUGCAGCGACGAAUUAUGUAUGGACCCAUGAAACGGAAGAAAAUCCGCACGCAAGACUCCCGAAAUGCGAGAGGGCAACUCCACCAGAAAGUAUGAAGGGACGAUUUGCGAUUUCAACGGAUGUUCCGUGUUCCAACGCUAACCUGGCAAUAGUUAAGGAGGCAAUGGACAAACGGCUCCAGUCCGCACAAUGUGUGGAAAACGGUAAUUGUACACAGGAAGUACAGGCCACCUGCGAGCAGUCGUCAAGGAAGCGAAGAGCCACACAGACGAUUGGCAUAACGAUAGAACUUCAGGCCAACCUGUUGUUUGAUGGAUCGGGUCUCAAUUUUGAUGGAAUGAUCAAUGGAGAGGAGCCAUCUUCAGAUUUUAUAGGUCUGCUAUUUGCCGUUGCCUAUUUAGAAAAUACCACACAAACCCUGUUCAACGAGUCAGAAUCAAUAUUCACGUUUACAAUUGGCGGUAUCACCUAUGUUACUUACAACACAAGCGUCGCUGUAACUCCAUCUGUACAGUGUCCAAGUGGAAAAGUGCCCCUACAGGACCUUCCAAGAAAGGCCGGGCCAAAUGAGUUGUACACCUUGUCCUACUGGUACCACCACUGA